CUGAAAAUCUGGCCAAACCUGAAUCUGGAAGAGACAUUCAAUGAUAAUCCGGCCAUUUUUGACGUCAAAGACCAAAUGGUGUAAGGUAUGUGACUUCUCUUUGUGGUGGCCCCACGCUUAAUCCGUCAGCAGAAACAGAAGCUUUCCGGUCAUCAGCUGCUGCAGGAAAAAGUCCUUGCCAUGUCUUUAGUAGAGGAUAUUCUGGAUGUGCUGCGCAUGGUCCUGGACUAUUUUGGUGUGCCUCCAGAAAUGCUUGUUCCUGUGUGGGACUCUCAGCUGUGCGGUCAGUAUCGCAGCAUUGUACGAAUGAUCGGCACGAAUCUCCCACUGAAGCCCGCUCCACGUGUCCAUUUUCAGAUCCCCCUGGUUACUUAUAAACACCAUGGAUACAUUGAAGUAGAAGCUAAUGCACCCGCCAUACCGACAUUUGCAGAUGUCAUGUGGGUGUUUGACUAUGAGGGGGAGAGCUUUGCCAGAACCAGGAACCAUUUACCUCCAAAUAAAGAUGGCAUUUUUAGUCAAGACUUGAUGAGAUUUCCCAGGCUGCCUCAGAAUCAAGCUGAGAGAAGAGGAGGAGGAGGAUGUGUGCGACAGAGGGUUAAUCCUGAAGCCCUGCAGAAGAUCACCCAGCUGGAGAGUGAGCUGCUCAAGCUUCGGGCUCAGAUCGCCAUGAUUGUUACUGCAGCUCCAUCCUCAGCUCUGACUGAGACCCAGAAUGCUCCAUUUUCACCUCUGAUGUCCCCUGCUCCACUCCCGGCUCUCACCUCCACACCUCGUCAUGCUCCUCCCCCUCCUCCACCACCUCCCCCGCUGCCGCUGCCAUGCCAAAGCUCCUUCAGCGAGAAAUCAUCUGUGAUGGAUCUGAUCAAAGAGCGCAGGAACAACAACUCUAAUAAGGGUCAGCUUCAGGCCCAGCACUCAGGGCUCAGCAAAAACAUGGAAAACAAACUGAUUCCUUCGAUGCUGGACGUUCUGAGGGACUUAAAUCAAGUCAAACUGCGCUCAGUUCAGAGAUCACCAGGAGGCACUCCAGUCAGGAGGAGAAGCAGUAAGUGCGAUACUGCUUUGCUGAAUGACCCCGCCGCUCUGAUUGCUCGGGCACUAAAGACAAAGUUUGCUCAGCACCGUCACAACACUUCCUCAGACAAAGAGAAUUCACUGGAACUCUCUCCGUUCGGCAGCCCAGAUGCGCCUCCCGUUUCCCAUCACGCCAGACGCAGCCAGGGUCGUCGCCAUUUAUUAACUAGUUAAACUCAUGCCACGUCACUUGUGAGGAUGUUCAUUAAGGAUGAACAAGCCUCUUAACAGAUUUCUGCAGAAACUACUGAGUACGUCUUUUUAACUUUUCUUUUUUGUUAUGUGUUGGGAUUGAGAACCUUUUCAAAACUGUUACUAUAAACAGAGGUUCAGAUAAUGCUUCUAUUUUUGUACAUAGAUAUUUUAUUGUUUGUAAAUAAUAAUAAUAAUAAUAAUGUGAUCAAAUACUGAAGCAGGCAGACUUUUGUCUACCUACCUUCAUAUUUGCAGAAAUAUUUGAGGAAAAUCGUGGAGAUUAAUAUUCAGAAGUCUGUUCUAUGCAAUUUUUAAAGUUGUUUUUGUUUAAGUACAUUUGCACUGUUUUACGCCAAAUGUUUCCCGUUGCUUGUUUUUCCCUAAAUACAGUUAAAAUCUGUAAAUUUUGUACAUAGCAGCAGGUUGUUCCAGAGAAACUCUGAUCUAUUGUCUUUAAUAAAAGCCUUCUUUUUUUCUGCAAACGCAUCAUGUACAAUAUCAUUAUUUUUACUCUGUCGUGUGUCAUCCCUUUCGGAAAAGACAAAAUCUUACAACAUAGCACAAGAGGCAAUUUUCUUUUCUGCUUAGCAUAUGUAAAAGAGGCUCUUCUUUUAAUGCCUCCCAUCAUGCGAUCAUUCUGCAAAGACAUUUCUGAAACUUCUCAGGGCCAUUAAAAAUUAAAAAAUACUUCC